CCCCGCGCUGUUGUUCAACCGCUGAAGCUAAUGUCACCAGUCUAGGCCUGUCCCCCAUCAGCCCUACUGCAAUCACUUUGCACCGCCCCAACUAUGGCGGACGCAGCCGAGGAUAAGAAUCCAAUCGUGUUCUUCGAUGUCACGUUGGGAGGAGAGAAGCUGGGCAGAAUUCAGAUUGAGCUAUACAAGAACAUUGUGCCAAAAACAGCUGAGAACUUUCGCCAGUUCUGCACUGGAGAGACCAAGAACAACCGUGGUCAGCCACAGGGCUACAAAGGAUGCAAGUUCCACAGAGUGAUCAAAAACUUCAUGAUUCAGGGAGGUGACUUUAUCAAUGGCAACGGCACUGGUUCCAGGACGAUCUUCGGCACCGAAAAGUUCGCGGAUGAGGACUUCACACUGAAGCACGAUAGACCGGGUCUACUGUCUAUGGCGAACAGCGGACCAAACACAAACGGCUGCCAAUUCUUCAUCAUCACCGCAAAGCACGGAACGCCUCACCUGAAUGGUAAGCACGUCGUUUUCGGCAAUGUCAUCGAGGGUAUGGACGUUGUCACCAAGAUCGAGAACACGAGGACUCUCGCAAACCCGGAAGGAAAGCCGGUGCAAGAUGUCGCCAUCUCCCAGUGUGGUGAGAUGUAAGAACUCUUGGAUUAACGAGCCACCUGUGAAUGUCCCAUAACACAUUUGCUUCUGGUUCCCACCAACACUUCAGGGUGGGACGACGAGCCAUGGCACCGACACUUGAUGCCUGUGCACCACCACGUUAUUGCACGUAGUUAUCUAGAGUAGGCUUGUACCUCCAGCUACGACGUCAAGAGCGGUGUUCGCUGCAGAUUCUGCGGUUCGGGCAAAGAAUGAUGGCGUAGUUAGCACAGGUGUAAAGUAUGGCCGAGUAAAAAGACGAACGGUGACGCCCAAAAAUUGCGGCCAGUCGAGCUGCACAUCCACUGUAGCCAAAAUUUCAAAGAUGUGCAUUUGAGCCCCACAGACAUCAUGGCUGCUUCAAGCAUCACAAUUCUGUAUUAUUCGUAGGGCCUAUCAGAAGUAGGUUGUGGGACUCAAGCUUUUUGAGAGGACCCACAGAAAAGUUGAAUUGAAC